UGCUACUGCGGAGGCCCCGGCGAGUGGAACCUGAAGAUGUUGCAGUGCCGCCGGUGUGCCCAGUGGUUCCACGAGGCCUGCACCCAGUGUCUGAGCAAGCCCCUCCUCUAUGGGGACAGGUUCUACGUCUUUGAGUGCUGCGUCUGCAUGGGGCCCCAGGAGACCGUCUGCUGCCUCCCGCUGAGAUGGGUGGACGUGGCCCACCUCAUCCUCUACCACCUGAGCAUCUGCUGCAAGAAGAAGUACUUUGACUUUGAGCGGGAGAUCCUCCCCUUCGCCAGCGAAAACUGGGACAGCCUCCUCCUGGGC